AUGGGUGCUUUCACUGAGAAGCAAGAGGCUUUGGUGCAUAGUUCUUGGGAAGCUUUCAAGACAAACAUUCCGCAAUACAGUGCUGUGUUCUACACCUCGAUACUGGAGAAAGCACCAGCAGCAAAGAACUUGUUCUCGUUUCUAGCUAAUGGAGUAGACCCCAGUAACCCUAAGCUCACGGCCCAUGCAGAAAAGCUUUUUGGAUUGGUGCGUGAUUCAGCUGCUCAACUUCGAGCAAAUGGAGUAGUGGUGGCUGAUGCUGCUCUUGGUUCCAUCCACUCUCAGAAAGGAGUCACCGAUCCUCAGUUUGUGGUGGUAAAAGAAGCACUGCUGAAAACAUUAAAGGAAGCAGUUGGAGACAAAUGGAGUGCUGAAUUGAGCAGUGCUUUGGAAGUAGCAUACGAUGAAUUGGCAGCAGCUAUUAAAAAGGCUUAUGCUUAG